AUCGACGCGGGGUUGGUGGGGCUACGUCCUUUUCCGCCACCCACCCCCAACCCCUCUUCCAACUCCGAGUGCCAACGCUGCUCCACAUCGACGGCUGAGGAUGGGAUUCAGCUCUCAGCUCGAACAUUUGCCGUCGAUCUGGAUCUCGGCGCGCACUCAGAAUGAAUCUAGACGAAAAUUGGACGCACGGGGGAAUUCUCUCGCCUAUAAAUGCCGACUCCGAAUCCCUAAAAGCUCGCGGAGCACCAUUGCUUGGAUCUUGAACUGUGUCUCUCUCGGCUUAUUGGGGGUAGUGGGGUACUUCGUCUUCCAUUUUCAGCAGCUUCCUCUCAAGCUCUAUCUUUCAGGGCAACUGAUCCCUUCCUCUCUCCCAAUCUUCCAGUUCUAGAGAUAUGGAGGGCUUCCUAUUUACCUCAGAAUCAGUGAAUGAGGGACACCCCGACAAGUUGUGCGAUCAGAUCUCUGAUGCGGUGCUUGAUGCCUGCCUUGCGCAGGAUCCAGACAGUAAAGUUGCCUGCGAAACUUGUACCAAAACCAACAUGGUUAUGGUCUUCGGAGAGAUCACAACCAAGGCUCAAGUAGAUUAUGAGAAAAUUGUGCGGGACACAUGCCGAGGGAUUGGAUUCGUCUCAGAUGACGUGGGUCUGGAUGCUGACAACUGCAAGGUUCUUGUUAACAUUGAACAGCAGAGCCCUGAUAUUGCCCAGGGAGUCCAUGGUCAUCUCACCAAGCGGCCUGAGGAGAUUGGUGCUGGUGACCAGGGUCACAUGUUUGGAUAUGCCACUGAUGAGACCCCCGAAUUGAUGCCCCUGAGCCAUGUUCUUGCAACCAAGCUUGGUGCUCGCCUCACUGAAGUUCGCAAAAAUGGGACUUGCCCGUGGCUUAGACCUGAUGGGAAAACCCAAGUAACUGUUGAGUACCUCAAUGAAAAAGGUGCCAUGGUUCCUGUUCGUGUCCACACGGUCCUCAUCUCCACCCAACAUGAUGAGACUGUCACAAAUGAUGAGAUUGCUGCUGAUCUCAAAGAGCAUGUCAUCAAGCCCGUGAUUCCUGAGAAGUAUCUAGAUGAGAAGACCAUCUUCCACCUUAACCCGUCUGGCCGUUUUGUCAUUGGAGGGCCUCAUGGUGAUGCUGGACUCACAGGCCGUAAGAUCAUCAUCGACACCUAUGGUGGAUGGGGUGCUCAUGGUGGUGGUGCUUUCUCGGGGAAGGAUCCAACGAAGGUGGACAGGAGUGGUGCCUACAUUGUUAGGCAGGCUGCAAAGAGUGUUGUGGCAAGUGGGCUUGCCCGGAGGUGCAUUGUUCAGGUUUCUUAUGCUAUUGGUGUUCCAGAGCCAUUGUCUGUUUUUGUAGACACAUAUGGUACUGGAAGGAUUCCUGAUAAGGAGAUCCUCGAGAUUGUGAAGGAGAAUUUUGAUUUCAGGCCAGGGAUGAUUUCCAUCAACCUGGAUCUGAAGAGGGGUGGAAAUGGGAGGUUCUUGAAGACUGCCGCAUAUGGGCAUUUUGGCAGAGAUGACCCUGACUUCACCUGGGAGGUGGUUAAGCCCCUCAAGUCUGAGAAGGUUCAGGCCUAAGUGCUAUAUGACCAAAUUAAUUCCUGAUGGGAAUAUAAUCUUGUUGCCUAUUUCUCCUCGCCUUUGUCUGAGGAGUUUGGCGGCUGGGUAUGACUUUUUUAUUUUUGUUCAUUUGGAAAAAUACUUCGAUUGUUGAUGUUAAGCCAAAUUGAAAUGAUAUGGGCUUCGAAUGGCAUUGCUGCCAAAAGAUUACAAUAUUGGAUAGAGAAGUGUUGAAGCAGGUCCUCAGCAGAUUGAUUGUAUGAUUUGUGAAACAAAUUUAUUUUUAUUCAAUAAAUGAGUUACCAUUUUGCUUUU